AUGGCUCCCAAGGGCAACAUCUCGACCCGGUUGAACCCGCUUCGCCUGAACACCAUCAACCACCUUCGCGUUCGCCGACCCAACCAGAAUGAGCAGAACCCUUGUGUGACUGUCAUGUCGACCAUGCUUAACUGCUGGGCUUCCCAAGGAUACAACGCCGAAGGCUGCGCUGCCCUCGAGGCGCAAUUGCGCAAGUGCAUGGAUGCCCCUAAACCCCAAGAGAAGAAGAAGAACACCGUCAACUACCACCUGAUGAGAAUGUACCCCAAGGUUGUGGGCCCGCGGAAGAAGGACGGUGUCCUGGGCUAG